AUGGCUGCACAUGAAACAGUUAAAGUUGCUGUGGUGAUCGAUCCUGUGCCUAAUAUUGUGCCAUGUUCAAGUACCCUGACUGCUGAAGAGUUGUGUAUACUCUUGUGUAAAAAGUACAGUAUUCCACCUUUGACUCGUACUCUUUUUGGAUUAAGGAUUAAAGGCGCGGAUUAUUUCCUCAAAGAUAACUGCAAAGUUCUCUCUAGUUCAAGAGAUUAUGAACUUAGAAUACGGUUCAAGGUUCCCCAACUAAGUUUAUUGAUAACCCUUGACAUGACAACCUAUGACUACUAUUUCCAACAAGCCAGGAACGAUGUUAAUGAGAACAAAAUACCUGAAGUGAAGUACCCUGAGCAUAAACAAGAACUCUUAGGAUUGGGUAUAGCAGAUAUGAUGCGUGCCAUAUUAGAAGAAAAGCUACAACUCAAUGAUGUUGUAAGAAAUUAUAAGAAGUAUAUACCCAAAGUGAUUGUAAGAAGACACGGGCCGUUUCCCAAGAAACACGCAUACGACUGCCUUCCACAGCUGUGUUCAGCAGGUCACAAUGUAAACUAUGUAAAGAACUUGUACCUUCAGCAACUGUAUGGGUUGGCUCCGAACUACUUAGCUGAGGAACACAAGGAUGUUAUUUGGCAGAAUGGAACUGAGAGUACACCUGUAAGAGUCGUCGUUGCUCCGUUCCAUCCACACCAGCCUGGAAUAAGAAUUUAUAAUACCUUGAAGCGAGAUUGGCUUCACGCUUGCACUAUAGAAGAACUUAUAUAUCUUACAAGAAACGGUGAUAACUGCUUAGAAGUGUCGAGGCGGGGGACACCGCUGUUUCUCAAAUUCAAGUCUGAAGAACAACUUUCAUCGUUUAUAUCUGUUUGUGACGGUUACUACAGGUUAAUGGUGAAAUGGACUUUUAAUCUUUCAAAAGAUGAUGAAACACCAUCUCUUAAAGAACUUCAGAGAAUAAAAUGUCAUGGACCCGUAGGUGGUGCAUUUUCGUAUCGCAAGCUAGAAGAGAAACGGGGUAAAAAGUACGGCUGCUACAUCUUAAGGCAAUGUCAGGAUGACUACAACGUUUACUAUUUAGAUGUAUGCACUAAAAAUAGCGCAACAGAAACAUAUUUACUGGAAUUCAAAGGAGAUGGUUACGUUUUCAACAAGGAGAAAUACUUCAGCAUUGAACGGCUAGUCAGUUGUCACCAGAACCCUGAAGGAAGGAUAUUCCUCAAUGAAUGUAUUCCUCCGUCUGAAUAUGAUAAGUCCCAGUUAUUGCUAUGUGGUGAACCAGUGAAGAAAGGGGUUCGGAUCGACCAAGCAGAGUUACAGGAUAUCCUUAAAGAUAAUAAGAGCCCACGAUGUUUACCAAAUAAGGAUAUUUUACUCUAUACAGGAUCAGAAAAAGUUGGCUCGGAGAAUAUAACAGCCACAUACAAAGCCCUAUGGAGGCUAGAUGAGACGAAAAAAUUGCAGGUUGCAUUUAAAACACUGCAGAGGGAUAGAGCUAAUGAUUAUUUAAAGGACUUCAUAGAGCUAGCGAGUAAGUGGGCUUGUGUUCAGUCGAGCUCUAUAGUGCGUCUCUACGGCGUUACGUUGAGUUCGCCCACUGCGCUUGUCUUGGAGUAUCUACCGUUUGGACCCUUUGAUGUUUAUCUUAGAGAAAAUGAAGAAAGAGUGAAGCCUCUACAUCUAAAGAAAGUAGCGGCCGGUCUAGCCAGGGCGCUGUGGGAUUUGUCGGAAGCCGGUGUUGUUCAUGGUGACAUCAGGUGUCGGCGGUUGCUCCUCGCUUCUCAUCAGGCAGAUAGAAUUAUCGUUAAGCUAUCAGGACCUACGUUGAGGCAGUAUACGCCACAGGACGUACAUUGGAUCCCGGUGGAUUUCUUCACGGACAUGACCCUAGCAAGGAGAUCUGUAGUUUGGCGAUAUAUGGGCCUUCGCGACGACAUUGUGGGAGGUGUUCUCUUACGGACAAUCCCCGACUCACACCAACCCAGUACUAACUGCGAGGGGUGGGGUCACGGAGGAUUUGAAGAUGAUGGGGGUCCUUGA